AUGUCUGUUACUCCGACCGUGCAAUCGUGUGAUAUAAAUCCCAUAUUAACCCCACCAAUCACACCGUCAAACGCAGCUCAACAAAUUAAAGUUGUUCAAGCAAUGCAACAAAAUACUGGAUCUUUCGGUCUAACAAAUAUUGCCUUAUUCGAAGCCAAUGAAAAUCCGGUUGCCAUGUUUCCUAGUCCGAUCACACCGGGUUUUCCUAUUAACGUUAAUGUAUCAACGGAAAAUUUAUUUUCAAAUUACACCACCAAUCCUCUCGACAAUCAAAUCACUUACCAUAAUUCACCGGAGACUGCACUCU